AAAGGCAAUAUCAGCUCAAAAACCUAAGAGCGGCAAGAAGACAAUAAGUGAAGCCUUCAACCUAGCAGAUGUUCUUAUAAGCGCCUCGGGUUCGUCGAAUAGGGGGCGUGCAAGAGUUGUUGUAUUGUCGGACACCGUAUCAGAUGACUGCUUGAGCGAAAAACACGAUAUAGAUGCGUUCAAGAUUGCGUCAAGAAAUACAGUAGACAGAAGCGUAUACCAGACAGUAGCGAAAUGGGUCUGCACGGGCCAGUCGAUGGGAGGAUCACCCGUACGCCCCGGUGGAGGCGGAACCACUAGCAGCAGCUCUUAUAUGACACAGGGUAGCAGUGACUCUGGUACGACACAAAGUAGCAGUGACUCUGGUACGACACAAAGUAGCAGUGACUCUGGUACGACACAAAGUAGCAGUGACUCUGGUACGACACAAAGUAGCAGUGACUCUGGUACGACACAAAGUAGCAGUGACUCUGGUACGACACAAAGUAGCAGUGACUCUGGUACGACACAAAGUAGCAGUAGCACUUCUACAACGACAACAAGCACCACUAGCAGUACUUCAGGCUCAACAUCAAACAAAGACAUAAUGGCACAAAUACCUUAUGUCCCUGGUUCUGGAUCGGAUGUAGCGCUCUUGAUAAUUAUCGACUUUACAAAAUCAAGUGAAAAGCUAUUUAACGCGUACCGCACAAAGUACCAUUGUCAACUUCGAACGGCACCGCCACCGAAUCGAGAAGAACUCUA